AGCCACGCCUUACGCAACGUUGCCGUUCUGUCAACUGCAGAAACUCGUAAUGCCUUUUCGAACAGCUGUCCGUUGUCUUAUUAACCCAAUUAGGGUUGUUUUGAGACCCUCCACUUCAAUCAGGGGAUAUGCAGCUAUCGCUGAGGCAAGAUCAGUGUUGGAGCAUGAGCUCGAAACGAUCCGAACAGGAGGAACGUGGAAAGGAGAAAGAAUUAUUACGUCCAAGCAGGGUCCUCAUAUCAACGUGGACGGCAGUCGUGGCGGUGAGUUUAAUGAUAUAUUGAAUUUCUGUGCCAACAACUAUCUGGGCCUUUCUAGCCAUCCCCAGGUAGUGGAGGCAGGGAUAGAAGCCUUGAAGAAAUAUGGAGCUGGGCUGAGUUCAGUGAGAUUUAUCUGUGGGACACAGGACAUUCACAAAGAUCUGGAGCAGAAGCUGGCUAAGUUCCAUGAGCGGGAGGAAUGCAUCCUGUAUGCCAGCUGUUUUGACGCCAAUGCAGGGCUAUUUGAGGUUUUGUUGGGACCUGAUGAUGCGGUUCUGUCCGAUGAGCUGAACCAUGCCUCUAUAAUUGAUGGAAUCAGGUUGUGUCGGGCCAAGAGGUUUAGAUACAAACAUAUGGACCUCAAUGACUUGGAGACCCAGCUCAAACAGUCCCAGUCUUCUCGAAUGCGCUUGGUUGUCACGGAUGGUGUGUUCUCUAUGGAUGGCGACGUUGCUCCGUUAAAGGGUAUCUGUGACCUGGCAGAGCAGUAUGGGGCCUUGGUCUUCAUUGAUGAAUGCCAUGCCACUGGAUUCAUGGGCCCACGAGGAAGAGGCACUGAUGAGCUACUGGGAGUGAUGGACAGGGUUCACAUUGUCAACUCUACUCUGGGAAAAGCACUGGGAGGUGCCGCAGGGGGAUACACAGUGGGCCCUAAACCUCUGAUUGACCUGCUGAGACAGCGCUCUCGUCCCUACCUCUUCUCCAACUCCCUGCCUCCUCCCGUCGUGGGCUGUGCAACCCGUGCUGUUGAGCUGCUUUUGGCGUCCAAUGAGAUCGCUCAGAGCGUUGGGGCCAAAACCAUGAGGUUCAGAAACAAAAUGACAGAAGCUGGAUUCACCAUCUCAGGCUCUGCACAUCCUAUCUGUCCUGUGAUGCUGGGGGAUGCCAGACUAGCCUCUCUGAUGGCUGAUGACAUGCUAAAGCUAGGUGUGUAUGUGAUUGGGUUCUCCUACCCAGUGGUACCAAAGGGCAAAGCCAGAAUCCGGGUCCAGAUCUCAGCGGCCCACACUGACCAGGAUAUUGACCGUGCUGUGGAUGCUUUCAUACAAACAGGAAGGAAGCAUGGAGUUGUGUCUUAAAGAGAACUAUUCUUGGAUAUUUUGCUAUGAAUAAGCAGGCUGCAAAGUCAAGCAAUAUGCAGAGCUUGGACUGCUGUUACAGUCAUGGCCUGUGAAUGACCGUAAUGUUAUGUUCAAGGCUGAACUAGAACAGGUGUGUG